AUGCCGGAUGUCGCCAAAUCCAAGGACCCCGAGUCCGCAGCGGUGCUGGCCACCCUCCAGCAGACGCUGGCAUCCUUUAACUCCAACAACAGCAAGGCGGAGAUCGCUGAGGAACCAGCCGUGGAAGCCUGCAUAAAGGCUGCCGAGACCGGCGUGCUGGGGCCGUUUGCAUUUGCCGAGGAUGAUGAGGGUUCU